GGUUAUUUAAAUGAGUAGGCUGCUCUCCACAGUCUUUCUCCCUCCUCUGGACUCUACUGCGCAGAAUCAGGUGGCAGGAUCGCCAACAUGGCGGAAGAUUUUGGCUUCAUUUUCAUUGAAUGAAUGGGAACGGAGAUACGGCGUCCAUCUUUUUUUACAGUCUCUGGUGAUUAAGGUGCAGAGGCACGUGUCGUCCUAAACCAUCAGCUCACUGUCCCCACAGUAGGCUAGGAGGUGUCAACUGAAUUCCUAGAGAGGGGAUUUCCAGAGCAGUGUGCCGAGCCAAGCCGAGCCACGCUUCCCCGUCCGAAACUGCGGCAGACUGCAUAUCCUGUUUUCUGAGGCGGCUGCUGUCUGUGUCUCAGGCGUUUCCAUGUGCUCUGCUGCAGUGUAGAGCAGAAACACAGGGUAAAUUUUGUCUGUGACAUCAACAUGCCCACAAGGCCCAGCCUUUCCCAUGGCAUCGUGGGUAGUCGAUAACUGUGGUGCCAGGAUGGAUUCAGCAGAAUUCACAGGCUUUGACUCAGAGGUCUACAGAACCCUGCAGGCUAUUCUCAGGGAGUUAGACAAUCUACAGCCUCCUAUUAACAAAGGGAUGCUGAGAUGGACCCUGCAUAAGAAGGUGCAGUCUGAUCCUCUCUGGAAUCUGGCCUUGGUCAGGGUGGCUGUGAAGGAACUGGAGAGAGCUGAGAGAUUCGACCAAAAAACUUACAUCAUCCCCCUGUUACACACCCUCAUCUACACCAUUAUACAGGCUGUGCAUGUUCCUGAUGAGCUGUAUAAGCGUGUGUAUGAGUCGUGCAAGAGGCUGCUGACUCUACCGCAGCCAUUCUGCUCUGUAGGACUGACGUACACGCGCCAGCUGAAGACUGAGCGGAUAACACCAGGGUUACUAUAUCAGAGAAGGUUGGUGUCUGAGCACAACCUGAGGAAUGAACACUAUCCUCUGCAAGAGUGGGUGUUUGUAUUUGCGGACCCGGCCGUGUUCACUGAGUCUCUGGGUUUAGUUCUGAGGGCUGAUAUUGAGGCUGCAGGACAAACAGAGACUCAGCUCAGUCUGAUGCAGAAGGUGGUACAGCGAUCCUUGCAGGCCGUGCUAGGAGAGGAGCACUGCCACGGCCCUACUCUCACACAAGCCCUGCAGGAGCUGGAGGAUGUGGAGUGUUAUUUUUAUGAGGUGUUAGGGGCUGUGGAGCAGAGUGCUGCAGAGUGCAAGAGUGAACAGUCUCAGAGUGAGCUAAUCCAGAAACUCCAGCAGCUCUAUACCCAGAUCCUCCUCAGCACCGGCAAAGAUCCAUUGUCCCGCGGCACGCUGACCGACGUUCCGCUUCCAAGCCCGGACAUGAGUUUCCAUUUGUGGUGGGAGGAGGAAGAGCUCUGGAGAGAGCUGACUAAGUUCAUUCGCUCCAGUUCUGUCUCAGACUCGUUCUCCCUUUCCUCGGACGACUUUGAGCUUCCAGACCUGCCCACUGAUCUGGACUCGGAGAUGCCACGUCACUCUAUCAUGUCCACAGACAGUGGAAUUGAGCGGGACAUGCAGCCAUCUGAGACCUCGGACACGGAGUCCAGUGGGGGGAGGAGCCUGAAAGCAGAAGUGGGGCAGGCCAGACUGUCCCGGCGUGGGGGAAUGAAGGUGAAGCCGACGGUGACGGACAGCAUGGCUCUGAUACAGGACUCUCUAGAGGAUACUGGGGGCAACAGGAGGACACUACAGAGGAAGGCAGGUCACAGUAGCACACUCCUCCAGCAGCAGCAGCGCCAUUUCACCGCCAAUAUUGUGGUGAUGGGGGAUGACCGUGUCCUAGGACGCCUUGCUAGAGCUUACUACUGGCUGAGGAAAAGGGAAGCACGGAGACUGUUCCUUACCAAGAAGGUCAACAUAAAGAUGUUCUACAUCCCUGUAACCACGCAGCCCUACUCCCCCAACAAGGAGAACGUGCCAGACUCUAAUCCGUGCAUGAUGGGGUCGUAUUUGGGGAUGGUGGACCCGUGGUACGAGUAUAACAUCUGCAGCCUGGGCCACAUGAUCCCAAAAUUUGCCAAAAUGUGUGACCUGAGCAAGCCGCAUGAGUCCAACCUUUUCCUUGCUGAUGUCAUUUCCUACUAUGUGCGGAUGGGGCAGCAGCCAGUUUACUUCACUGUCUACUACGUAAAGAUUUCAUUCUGCAACCUGACCAAGGAGCCGGUAGAGGAAGUCUUUCUUUCUCAUCUCAAUAUUGAUUUCCCAGAAUAUAAACUAUGCCAUGGAACAAUUAAAGACAUGUCUCUAAAACAGAAGAAAGUUCCUGUAGAGCUGUGUGGUGCUCUCAUCUCCCUCAGUUACAGAAAGGUGUCACUAAGCAACAGAGAGAUAGAAAAGGGUCUUUCUCUGCGAACCACUGGGGUUCAGAUUUCAGCUAUACCCACCAAUAAAACAGAAGAUCUGAACUGCCUGACGGUGGAGAUGAGCGACACAAAGACCAAGAGCAGCUCGGGUUCCAAGAUCAGGACCUGCAACCUGAGGUUAAAAACCACAGAGAUGACUGGAUUCACCAUCUGUCUAGAUAAAGACACGCGCAGAACUUUCCGGGAUGUUCAGAGUAUUGAGGUGGAGCCGUGUAACGACCCAGGAUACUACAUUCAGAAGUCUGUUAUGUCAAAGUUCACAUCAGAGGCAGAUGUGGAUGCAGGGCUGAGCAAGUUCAUGAAUCGGGGUCUUCCUCUGCCCAUCAACACCUUCGCUGGUAUCAUUCCCUGACCUCAGUGAACUGACUGGACUUUUAUGGAGACUUAGCUGACCAGUAGCAUGCUGCUGACAGUUCACACUGCACUGCACUGGUGUGUGAUUUCUCCUCGCAGACCUCAGGAGGAGUUGAGACGCUUCAGUGUGUGUGGUGUACUGUACCCCCCUCACACAGCUAGAGUGUGUGGCUGAAACACACAGUUUCACCACUUCGCCUCUGAAGGGCGAUAUUUAAAUUAGAGAUUUAACACUAAACUAGAUCCACUGAGUCUCAGUUGUGGUUAGAGACUCAGUGUGUGUUACACUUAUCAUGAGUUCUUGACAUUAUACACUCACUGGCCACUUUAUUAAAAACACCUACAGUACCUACAGUACUGGGUGUGCAGAUACAGAUUAUAAGAGGGUUCAAAUAGAGUCUGACUGAUAUGGGGGCCGAUGUUAAGGUCCUAGAAUAACUUUGUAAACAGGCAAAUUAGCUCUUAAUUAGCUGUACAAAAACACAUCAGAAUAUAAAUUUACUUCAACUUUAAACAUUACAAAUAAAUAAAUAGAUAAGAUGUGAACAAAGUCAUUAAGGGUGGGUUGGAUGUGAAAUGCUGUGAUGUCUUCAUGCUAAACAUGAAACUAAGAAAACAGAAACCAAAAGACUUUUAGUAUACAGUCAGAAUUGUUAACAGUGGUGGUGAUGUUUAAAGUCUGAAAGUUUCUUUACAUUGCUGAUGUCUGACUGACGGUUGUACCAGUUCUACGAAGAUUCUGGGUAUAAAACAUGCUUUUUAAAUCUUAUCAUAUCAUUAAAAUGUUUGGGGAA